AUGGCCUCCAGCAAGUAUACAGAGCUGAUGUUUGUACCUCAAUUCAGUCCCGACGCGACCAAAAGGAACAGAGAAUUAGAAAUUGCUAAGCAAAAAUCCCACGCCGCCAAAGUUGCUCACCAAAAGCGCAAACAGAAACAAGAAACCCCGGCAUCUGGUCGACAUCCCGCUUUCUUGCCUUAUCCUCCCGAAAAUCAGCCGGAUGAAGACUACCCUCUCAAUCUUCUCCGGCGACGACAGCCCAAAAUCACAAGUCAAACACUACUCGACAUUUUACCGGGUGGUCACUCAGAUCCUUUCAACGCGCAGGCUCUUCCGAUCUCUCCUCGAGUCAAUCAGCUCAUCACAUUCAUCAGAGAUGCCUACCUCCCCGGUGUUUAUAUCACGUCCUUCAUGAAAAUCAAAGAGCCAGUCCGUGGCGCCCCCAUGUGUACAACGAUCGCUGAAGGUUUUCACGUUACGGGCCGACGCACGGCAGCGAGGGUGUGGGAAUCGAUGAAAGAGGAAUUGUCAGAUGAAGGGCGUGCUUUGGCAUGGGUUUCCAGCUACAUCCCGGUGCUGGCCAAGUAUUCUCCCGAAGAUACAGCCCGUGACUUGAACCUGAUGGCCAUCAAGAUGCGAGCCCAGAGCUUGAGGAUUUUGAAAGACCGGAUCGCGAAUCUGUCGACCGAGGCUCAGCCCAAUAUCAGUCUAGUCUCACAAAUCGUGUCGCUAUUUCGGGCAUCAUGCAAAGAAAAUGACAUCGCCUCUGCGAAGAUCCACGCCGAGAUUAUCCGCCACCUGAUCGAUCGAGUGGAACAGCCGGACCGACACAUCCAAGUGCUGUUCACCACGGUGAUGAACAACGACACCGAAGUUGCCGUCUCACAUAUGCGCAACACCAUCUUUGACUUUGAAGGAUGGGUCCGCCAGCAACUGAACAAGCUGUGGGUGGACAAGGCGGAAACAAACAUGCCUCUUGUCUCUGAAGAAUACAGGGAUCUGCAUCCCUGUAUUCAGCUUCCCGCCACCCGUGACGCCUGUAUCCGAUUACGCCGGUACCUGCUAACGCGCCAGACCCUCGUCAACUUGAACGACCCCCAAGACCUGGACCGUACUGACGCAGUCUUCACCGUCUUCACGCAAGACUCGCUCUAUGACUCGGGCGUCCUGAUCAAUGUCUACAUCAACCUGGUCGCAGGCAAGGUAUACCAGAUGAAAGCAGCAUUUCGCCACAUGGAAGCCUCGAUCGCUCUUACGACCUUGCAUGUCCUCAGAAGAGGUGUCUUCGAAGCCACCAUCUACGGCGGAGACCAUCGGAUCCGCUAUCACGUCACCACGAUCACCCAUCUCGAAGGCACGAUGCGGACAAUGCUGAAACUUGCGAGCCCCGAAGAUCUAGCGCAGUACGGCGCUGCGAUACUGUGGAUCUUCUUCUACGGGGCACGCUUCGAGUGGCGCAUCAACAAAAGGUCGUUGGACCAAGGCCUCAAGCCGGAAAAGACGUGGUUUACGGAAAUGUUUGCGCGACAGGCAAGGGAAUUGAAAAUCACACAGUGGAAUGAUGCACGGGAGGCUCUUUCGAAGUUCGUCUUCUAUGAGUUUCUCGAGCCCAAUUUGCCGGCAUGGUAUGAAGAGACAUUAUCAGCGGGAAAGGAAGGAAUAACUACGGCCCAUCAAGUGUGGUGA